UUCACAGUUUUAACUAAAACAGAUGCCCUGUUUCACGAAGCCAUUAAAUUCAUUGCUGAGAGGCCGACGAUUGGUUUUGCUGCGGAAGGUAUAGACAUUGGAAGAGAGGGAAAGUUGUGCUGGAUCCAAAUUGAUGCUGGUGGUUCCAUAUUUUUAUUCGACAUGUUGAAUCUUGGCACUGACGGAUUGAAACAAGGUCUGAAAAACAUCAUUCAGUCGGAAUCCAUUUUGAAAGUCGUUCAUGACUGUCGUCUCAUCUCUGACCUACUCCAUCAUCAAUUCAGAGUUCAAAUGCUGAAUAUCUUUGACACUCAAGUAGCUCAUGCUUUAGCCUAUCGUGAACAAAAUCGAAAGGAUUUACCACGUUAUGUACCUGGUCUUGCUUCGUGUCUGUAUGAACAUUUAGAUCUUCCUGAUGAACAGAUCCAUAUCAUUCGAAUUCGUGAACAAGCCAAGUCUGAAGAUCAAGAAAUUUGGGCUGAGAGACCUGCUCCUCGAUGGUUGUUGGAUGCCGCUUCGAAGCACGUCAAGCAUUUAUUGGACUUACGCAUGAUUCUCAUGGAGAAAAUGAUGGUUGAGUUCAAAGCUGGUGUGGAAAUUUAUUUGACUUACGUCCGGAACUCUUCUGAC